AUGGCUCAAGCUCCGUUAAAAAAGGCAAAGUCCACUACCGCCAAAAAAUCAUCCUCAAAAGUCGGUCCUCGUGUAAUCGCACCGAAGAAGGCCGCGCUUGCCAAACAGCGCAAGACCAUGAAGAAGCUUUCAUCCGGCUUGAUCAAUAAAACCGAAAGAAGUCUGGCGGAACGUGCGGGGCAUUUGGAGCUGUUGGCGAAUGUGAAGAAGGAGAAGAUGAAGGAGAAAAGGGCUGAAUAUAAGAAGAAAUGA